AUGAGGACUUACUCAAUAUCAUUAGUUGUAUUGAGUUUUUCAGCAGCUUUAGUGUUCUGUCUUGACAUCAGAACCAGCGUGUACCAUGUCUACAACCAAAGUGAAGUCCUCAUGUUGCCUCUUGGUAAACAGUUCACAAACAGAAACCUGGCAUACUGUGCCAGCACUGAGCUUAUACCAUUCAACAACACAUUAGCAUCAGUAAACACCAAGAUGUUCUCUAUUGGACUAAGGAGGAGCAGCUUUCCAUUAAACUAUGUGAAUAUAGGAAACAACCCGACCUUUGACCCUUUCAACCUAAAUGUCUACAAAUCCUGCCGCGAUGUCAUCAGCAAUGAACCGAGGAAGGUCGUUAUCCUUACAUCCGGGCUAGUCGUCAUGUGUGACACAGUGACAGACGGUGGAGGAUGGACCAUCUUCCAAAGACGUGUGUCUGGGACCGUAGAUUUCUACCGCGGCUGGGAGGAGUACAAACACGGGUUUGGGGAUUACGGCAUUGGGGAAUUUUACCUGGGCAAUGAAAACAUUUUCUGUCUGACUUCUAAAACUGCCCACGAGCUUCGGGUUGAUCUAGUCUACAACGGAAACUACUACGCCAAAUACUCCAGCUUUAAACUGUCCAACGAGUCUUUAGGCUACAAGCUUUCUAUUUCUGGUUACACUGGCAACGCUGGAGACUCUCUGGCAUGGCACAACAAUCAUUUGUUUACCACAUUUGACAGAGAUAACGAUGAUGGAACUGACAAUUGUGCUGUGACAUUUUUAGGCGCAUGGUGGUAUGUCUCUUGUCACAAUUCAAACUUGAAUAGUAAAUGGGGAAAUGUCAACUAUGGUAAAGGAUUAAACUGGGGCACCUUGACAGGAUAUAACGCCAACGUGCAGGUUUCUGAAAUGAAGAUUAGACUGAUCAUUUAG